AUGUCCGACUUGUUACCUGCAUUAGAAUCGAUCGUUUAUUUACUAGUGCCAGCUUCUAGGAAUGAUAGCUCUCUGCGAAAUGAACUCGUAACAAUAUCGCAAGACAUACUUCAAAGUCGGAUUGGGCAGCGCCAUGAAGCCGAUAUCGGUCAUCUUUCGGACCUAAUCAAGCGACAAUUAAUCAAAACGACAGACUCAGAAUCUGCAUCCCUUCGUUUCACAAAUCUAUUGUCGCGAUUACUCGACCAGCCUGUUCUAUCGAGGAAACACGCCUGUGUCCAGUUCUUGCAAUCCGUUUCAUCUUCGCGCCAUUCAACAACUGGACCACCCUUUCUCCCAUCAUUAGCACCUCCUCCUCCCUCUAGAAAGGCAGCUUCACCAUCAAGUCCCAGCCCUCGAACUCCUUUACCCCAAGUGGGAAAAUCUAAAGCUGAAAGACUGAGGGAAUAUCGUCUCCAAUCGGUAGCGGGUACACCUCUUCCUGAAAACCUACUAUUACGAGAUACUUUAUAUCUCCUGCAGGGCAUAUCGGGAAGAUAUGUCCAAUUCUCACCGGAUCGGGACUUGGACGAUCAACAUACCUUAGAGUUCGUGGAGAGUGGGCGCUACUACAUCUCGGCUCCAACGAAAGCUCUUAUUCAUCGUCUGUCUGAAGUCGGUUAUUUGUACACACGGGUUGAUGUUUUUGUUCGGGAACGUGGAGUUGCCCAUGGGGUCGGAAUGAUUGAACAAAGCUUGUGUCACCAUCUGCAACUGAAGCUUACCGAAUACUAUCGGCUCAUCGCUAUUUUGGAGUCUCAAAUGCUCAAUCCAUCCUCCGAUGGGGAUAACAAGUUGAAGCAAGAGAGUGGCCUCACUUUGUGGCGGCUGGACGUCUGGAUUAAUGAGUGGCGACUGAGAAUGAGGAUGAUGAGUGUGUGUGUCGAAGGAGCCAAAGAAUCACACGGAGGCGCUUUAGUAAACCUGAUACACAGCUACACCGACAACGGCGAUCCCUUUAUUCGCACAUUCACCGACCAACUGCUGGAGGAGGUUUCAAAGCCGUUCUUUUCCACCCUUCAUAAAUGGCUCUUCUCAGGAGAGCUCUAUGAUCCUUUUUCAGAAUUUUUUGUUGCCGUGGAUUCUUCUCUGGCCCACGUCCAACACGUACAUCCCUCAUCGUUAGAUGGCGGAAUCAAUCAGCUUUACGAUGACAAAGACGAUCUUAAAUUUGACGAUAUGGAUGGGCCCAGGCAUAGGGAAGGCGGCUUACGGCUAUGGGAAGAGAAGUAUCGGCUUCAAAAAGAUAUGUUGCCCAUGUUUGUCGGAGAAACAUUUGGAAGAAAGAUCUUCUCUACCGGCAAGAGUUUGAACUUCAUACGCUAUAGUUGUCGCGACAGCGAUUGGGUGGUUACAAGAGAGAAAAUGAGCAACACUGGUGGUUUACUCAAGUACAGCGAUAUCUCGGGACUAGAGCGUUCAAUAGACGCUGCGUACUCGCUGGCAAGCCACCGGUUUUUCGACGUGUUUAUUGAAAAAUUCAAGCUCCUUGACCACCUGAAUGCUUUGAAACAUUACCUCUUGCUCGGUCAUGGUGAUUUUGCCGAUCAACUGAUGCUGGCGUUGGGGCCAAGCUUAUCGAAACCUGCAAACACGCUCUUCCGCCACAAUCUGACGGCUACUCUGGAGGCUGCUAUCAGGUCCUCAAACGCUCAAAAUGACCCUCCUGAUGUUCUUCGUCGGUUAGACGCGCGCAUGUUGGAGUACUCGAGAGGCGAGAUAGGAUGGGACGUUUUCACCCUUGAAUACAAGGUGGACCCACCUAUUGAUACCGUCAUCGAUCCCGAUUCAAUGGUUCAAUACCUCAAGCUUUUCAAUCACCUGUGGCGUAUGAAGCGUAUCGAAGGUACGCUCAGUCAAUGCUGGAUGCGAAUGGCUGGCGGGGCUCGCACGAUUCUUCGGAUACCCGAGCUCGAACCUGCUUGGCAUCGAAUCCGUGGACGUAUGGCUGAAAUGGUCCACUUCAUCCGGCAGUUACAAGCUUACUGUCGGUCAGAAGUCAUCGAUAGUUCGUGGAAGAUGUUAAUGGAAUUUCUACGGAAACGGGAGGGUGACCUUGAUGCGAUGAUAGAGGCGCAUCAGAGCUAUUUGGGGAGACUGGUCAGGCAGAUUCUUUUGUUGUCUUCAAAGACAGGAAAGGAGGAAAACGUUCUGACUCAAGUCACGGAUUUAUUCUCGAUAGCAAUUCAGUAUCGGGAAUCAGUGGAUAAUUUCUAUAACUUCUGUCUAUCUGAAUCUGCGCGACGAGAUCGACUGCAUGACGAAGAGCGAGGAAUCUAUUCAGGACCACCCUCUCAAGGAGAUGAGGACGAGCCCCUUGACGAGGCAAUACCCCGUCUAACGCGUCCCAUCAAUGAAUACGGAUCACAAUUCACAGAACGAAUGCAUACGUUGAUACAGCAUCUGGCGAUACAUACCGACCAUGACUGUCGGCGCUUAGGGCUUCGGCUCAACUUUUCGGAAUUCUAUCGCUCGAAGAAGGAUGUAAAGACAUGA